AUGGCAUCGGCCUCUCGCACUCCAACCCCGGCACAGCCAGAGCAGACUCGCAACUGGCUGGAGCUCCCGCCGGAAGUGAUGGCCACAAUACUCCACAGGGUGGGGGCGAUAGAUAUACUGGCGAAUGUGCAGAUGGUGUGUACUACCUGGCGGAGAAUAUGCAAAGAUUCAGCGAUGUGGAGAGUCAUAGAUAUGCACAAUUUGGGGGAUUUGUGGGACAUGGAACAUGAUCUUGAGAAGAUGUGUAAGCACGCCGUUGAUCGGAGCGAAGGGCAAUUAAUAGAUAUCAAUAUCGAGUACUUUGGCACAGAUGAAUUGCUCCAGUACAUUGCCAAUCGUUCGAGUCAGCUGAGUCGUCUUCGGCUUGUAUGUUGCCAUAAUGUAUCAAGUGAAGGUUUGAGUGAAGCGGUUAAAAGACUACCAUUAUUGGAGGAGCUUCACCUGUACUACACCUCAAUUGCCAAAGAAUCUAUUGAAGCUGUUGGACGAUGUUGCCCUCUGCUGAAGUCCUUCAAAUUAAACAAUCAAGGGUCCAGACGCCCGCACAUAGACUGCGAUGAGGAGGCACUAGCUAUUGCACGAAACAUGCCUGCAUUAUGCCACCUUCAACUCUUUGGAAAUAAGAUGACAAAUGAUGGGCUGCAGGCCAUUCUUGACGGUUGUCCUCACCUUGAGUCCCUUGAUCUGCGGCAGUGUUUCAAUGUUACUCUCACUGGGAAUUUAGGCAGAAGGUGUUCUGAACAGAUUAGAGAUAUGAGGCAUCCCAAUGACUCCACUGAGGACUAUGGAUUUGAUGCUGAAAUUCAUGACUGUGAAUCGUGUGAUGAGGAGUACCCGUCUGGGUUUUCUGAUAUUGACUUUUUGUCUGAUGAUGAUGAGUAUUAUGAAUUCUCUGGUGCCAGCAAUGGGUUUUCUGACUAUGAGGAGCUGUUUUUUGAUUAA